AUGGCGACAGCACUCGGCGAUGUCUGGCGCUACGCCACCGCCGGCGACAUUGAACGGUUCCAGAGCGAAGAACGACAACGUGCAUUCAACAACCGACCGAGCCACAAAGAAAGCCGAGGCCGAGACCCCAUGGACCUCGUCAGCAUGGGUGACGGAGAAGCCGUAAACUUUGUGCCUUACGACGAGCAGAGGGCCCGGUGGAAGGACGAGAAUGGAGAGGAACAGCGGCCAAGGCGUCUGCAUGAGCUCAUUUCCAGCCAGCUCCUGCUCUAUCGGUUGGUGGUAACGUUUGGGCCGCCGCCGGUGGAACAGCGGCUAGACGGUUACCAGUGCGGCUGGGAGGUGCAUCUGGUGCUGAAAGAAGAAGAAGAGCCGGCCGGCGUGCCAGAUAAGGAGGCCUCCAAGAGCUACAUUACCUUUUGCGACUACAAAGGUUCGGCUCAUUGUGACUUCGUCGGUACGAACGACGCCGAAGAAAGAGUGUUGGAACUCAUCAAUUACUUGAUCGGAGAGAACUGUGCACAUUCGUAUGAUCGUGUGCUGGCUGGGAGACGGGCAUGA